AUGGGUGGUAAGAAGAAAAAAUCAGCACCGCCGAUAGUCGCGGCUGCUGUCGGUACGGCGAGUGCUGCGACGGCAUCAGGCCGGGGUAGUGCUCCCACAGCCCCGAACGGUGUGGCGGACGAACCAAAGAAGCAACCGGGGAACGGCAAGCUGAGCAAAGCAGCUAAAGACAAUAAGUCUAAAGCUCCAAAGACCUACAGUCUGGCCAACAUUGCCCAGGUGGACACAGGUGGUGUGUUGGACAAAUCCAUCCUGAAAGUUUCCAUCCAAGCUGACUUGGAAAAGAAGAUCAUCAAGCUGAUUAAUGACUUCCGGCAGGAGAAUGGCGACAAAGGGCCAGUGUCGGGAAGACUCACCAACAAGAAACUUUUGGAUCUGUACAGUGCCCUGCAAAAGUUCAACUUUAAACGAGAACACAUCGAGGAGGCCAUGAAGAGCAGCGUGCUCUAUGGUGGCGAUUUGCACUCUGCCCUCGACUGGCUCUGCCUGAACCUUCGAGAUGAGGAGUUGCCAGAAGGUUUUAGCCAGCAAAUGCAGGAGGAAAACCAGAGGAGUAGGCCUAGGUUCCAGCCUCCUGUGCCGCCUCGAACCCUAAGCCCCGAGCAAGUCAAAGUGCCACCAUCCAAAGACACCAGCAAGGCGUCUGUGAAGGAUGAUGAUGCACGUAUGAAAGACUGGAUUUUAAGGUAUGCUGAGCAGUCCAGCGAGGAUGAGGAGGAGCAAGAAGAAGAGAGGUUGUCUCAACGCAACCCCGAAUUGGAGGAAAAGUUUGAUCCGAACGACAGGUAUUUGAUCCUGACAGCACAACUGUAUGACGCGAAAGAAACGGCAAUGGCAGCCAAAACUAAAGGAGACAAGGCCGCUCAGCGGAUGGCACAAGAUAGAAUACGCGUCAUACAGCAAGAAAUGAAGCCACUCGAGUCACAUCCUGUGUUCAACCCGGCAAUUAAAGUGGUGGAGGCACCCCAAAAGCAGAAGACGAUGCCCUCUGUUAACGAGGACAAAAAAGAAAUUGGCUUCAACUUGUUUGAACAGGCAGAAAAAGAAGCCCCAGCAGAGAAAGGUACUAAAAAGAAUGAGCCAAAGGACAUUCGAAACUUUGACUACACGGCACGAAGCUGGACAGGCAAGUCCCCCAAGCAGUUCCUCAUUGACUGGGUGCGCAAAAACCUUCCCAAGAGUCCACCACCAGCCUUCCACAAGGUGGCCGUGGGCAGAUACUGGCGGUGCAAGGUGCGAGUUCAAAGGACAGAGGACGUCUUAGAAGUUUGCCCAACGAUUCUGACUGAGGAUGGGAUGCAGGCCCAGCAUCUGGGUGCCACUCUGGCUCUCUACACCCUUGUGAAAGGACAGUCUGUGCACCAGCUCCUCCCGCCAACCUAUCGGGACGUGUGGCUAGAGUGGCGGGACAGUGAGCAGCAGCAGCAGGAAGAGACGCGCAGUGCCGCCAACAAGCCCCGCGACCAGUUCAUUGCAAGACUCCUAACCCGUCUUAAGCAGCAGCAACAGUAUCACCACGGGUCACAGUCCCAAUCCGAUGAUCCUACCCGGCGUGACGCUGCGGAGGAAGAAGCAGAGGACUCCUGGGAGAACCUGGCCGCACUUGAUAUUGCGGAAACAGGACGGGGUUGUGUGCAGGGGAAAAUGGAGGGAAGCGGAGGUGAGAGGCAGGAGGAAGAAGCGCUGCGGACUUCAAGAGAAAUCCUCAUGAAGCAUAGGACGUCCCCUCUGGCUCAGAGACUCCUGGCGGAACGAGAGCAGCUCCCGGUCUUCCAGCACCGUCAGCACGUUCUGGAGGCCCUGCUUCGCCACCGUGUGGUAGUGGUGGCUGGUGAGACGGGAAGUGGCAAGAGCACACAGAUCCCUCAGUUCCUUCUGGAUGAACUCCUGCUCGGUGGGGAGGCUCCCCGAGCCUGCAACAUCGUGGUCACGCAACCCCGACGGAUCUCCGCCAUGAGUCUGGCCUGCAGGGUCAGCCAAGAGCUAGGCUGCCAGGAUGGCCCGGGCUCAAAGUCUUCAUUGUGCGGCUACCAGAUCAGAAUGGAGAACCAGUCGGGCGAGUGGACUCGCUUGUUGUACUGCACUACCGGAGUUCUGCUCCGGAAGCUCCAGUGCGACAGACACCUCAGCGCCUUGACGCACAUCAUCGUGGACGAGGUGCAUGAGCGCAGCGUGCAGUCCGACUUCCUGCUCACCAUUCUGAAAGAAGUGGUCUCCAGGCGAACAGACCUGCAGCUGAUCCUCAUGAGCGCCACAGCCGACUGCCACAAAUUCUCAAACUACUUCAAUCGCUGCCCUGUGCUUAGCAUUCCGGGAAGAACCUUCCCCGUAGAGGUGUUCCAUUUAGAAGACAUAGUAGAGGAGACUGGUUAUGUCUUGGAGAAGGACUCGGAAUACUGCCAGAGGGUCCUUGAGGAUGAAGAGGAAGUGGUCGUUUCCGUCACUCAAAAAGGGGGAAAGACCUUACAGCAUCAGGAGGUGAUUGUGAGAGCUUCAUCACCAGGCUGGGAUUUAGGUCCCGACCUGGAUCACUUUAGCAGCAGAACUCGCCAGGUGUUACAAUAUAUGAACCCCAACAAGAUCAACAUGGACUUACUGGUGGAGCUCAUCAGCUACCUUGAUAAAGCUCCGCAAUUCACAGCACUGGAUGGCGCUGUUCUGGUAUUUUUGCCUGGUCUGUCUCACAUCCAGCAGCUUUUUGACCUUUUGUCCUCAGACAAGCGCUUUAAGGAUAAAAACAGGUACAGGAUCGUCGCUCUGCACUCAACGCUCUCCUCGAAGGAGCAGGCCGCGGCCUUCACGGUUCCCCCGGCAGGCGUCAGGAAGAUUGUGUUGUCCACUAACAUCGCAGAGACGGGCGUCACCAUUCCUGAUGUUGUGUUUGUCAUCGAUACAGGAAAAACCAAGGAGAACAAGUACCACGAAAGCAGCCAAAUGAGCUCCUUGGUGGAGACGUUUGUGUCCAAAGCCAGCGCCCUCCAGAGACAAGGCAGAGCUGGACGUGUCCGAAAUGGCUUCUGCUUCAGGCUUUAUCCGAAGUACAGAUUUGAUGCAUUUAUGGAAUACUCCAUUCCAGAGAUACUUCGCGUGCCCCUGGAGGAGCUCUGUUUGCACAUUAUGAAAUGUGAGUACGGCUCCCCGGAGGAAUUCCUGAGCGGCGCCCUGGACGCCCCGCAGUCUCAGUCUGUGAUGAACGCAGUCAACCUGCUGAGAAAGAUAGGCGCCUGUCAGCCCGGGUGCCACCGACUCACCCCACUGGGGCAACACCUGGCCAACCUGCCCGUCAACGUCAAGAUCGGCAAGAUGCUAAUCUAUGGCGCCAUUUUGGGUUGCCUGGAGCCCAUCGCGACCAUCGCGGCUGCUAUCACUGAGAAGUCUCCAUUCUCCACGCCCAUGAAUAGAAAGGAGGAAGCCAACUUGGCCAAAGCAGCACUCGCAUUGGCCAACUCUGACCACAUGACCAUAUAUAAUGCAUAUCUUGGCUGGAAGAAUUCCCAAAAGGAGGGACAGAAAGCAGAAAUGGCAUUUUGCCGGAAACACUUCCUCAACCGCGCCGCACUUGCCACUAUAGAGGAUGUGAAGCAGGAACUGAUGAAGAUGAUGGAACAAGCGGGCUUCUGCUUGUCGCGGACCCCCAACUCCCCAGCAGCAGCCAAGCUUCCUGUGUCACUUCUGGGGGCGGCGCUGACGGCGGGCCUGUACGACAGCGUAGCGCGCAUGCUGUGCGUCCCCUCCGUGGACGUGCUGGAGCGAGUGGCGUGCUCGGCGGAGACACCGCAGGGCCGAGCGCAGGUGCACCCGUCAUCUGUCAACCGCAACCUGCAGACGCACGGCUGGCUGUUGUACCAGGAGAAGGUGAAAUACACGAAGAUCUACCUGCGAGACACCACUCUCAUAUCUCCGUUCCCCAUGCUGCUUUUUGGAGGGGACAUCGAUAUUCAGCACAGAGAACGCCUGAUCACGCUAGACGGAUGGAUGCACUUCCAGGCUCCCGUGCGAAUAGGCGUGAUCUUCAAACACUUAAGGAAGCUGCUGGACUCGUUGCUAGAGAAAAAGCUAGAGAACCCGCGCAUGAAUUUAGAAGGUGAAAGGACUAUUCAAAUCAUCUUGGAGCUGAUCAAAUCGGAGCACUCUGCAUGA